UUGUUGCAAACUUUCUUCAAAAAAGUGUACUUUUCUUUAUUAAUUCAGUGCAAAACUCUCGACAAUCGUUCUUUAGUGUCGUGUUCAAGAAAAUUCGUACAGUUUACGGUAGUGCCGAGUGUAUUUCCAGCAUUUUUCACUACAUCCUGCGUUUGCCUAAGUAGCACUUUGUCUCAUCUCGUUCUACUUUGGCUGACGGCUGUUGCUGCUUGCUGGUGGUGAUUAUCGCACGGAAUCCCAAAGAAAAAAGUUCAUUUUCGCCUGUGCGUGUUUUGAUAUUUUCAUUCACCAUCAUUAUUUGCGGGUUUGCCGUCGGUAAACAAAACAAACAAAAACUACCGUUAAAUCUGACACCGCCGCGCUUGCCAAAAACUAGUUGUGCAUACCUACCUACCUAUACUGCCUACCUGUUAGUCGUGCCGAAAGUUGUUUCUGCAGGAUAGUUUUUUUUGCUCUCGCGUUUAAUCCUGCACCUGCAUCGAAUCGAACACCGGGGAAACGUUUCUGUGUUGGAUUACUCAUCUUGAGGUUGAUGCUGCCAUUGCCACUGCAUUCGCUGCUGAUCUGAUCGCUGUCGGUGUGUUACCUGUGUUUGUGUGUGCUGUAUGAGGGGUUAAGCUCGCGCAAUAAAUUUAUUAACGACCGCGACCGCAGCCGAUAUCAUCCCGUUUAUACCAGUACCAGUACCAGCACACCACUGGAAAGAUAUUUUCGACCCGAUUACGGCGAUGGCGAGCGAUGCUUGAACGGGUCCGGCUAGGUGGCUUCAGUGGUUCGUACAAAGUAAGAAGUGCCGAGCUGGCGCGCGACAAGAAAGUCCAAACCAAAGCGGUGACCGUUCUGUUUCUCGAUGAAAGUACCCACACGUUCCAGCUAGAGAAGAAGGCCAAGGGAGCCGAUUUACUCGAGCAGGUCUUCCGGCAUUUGGAACUAACCGAACGGGACUACUUUGGGCUUCAAUUUCAACCGAAAUGUGGCACCGGCACAAACGGAAGCAGCUCCGGCAGCGCAGUAAAUGGCGGUAGUACCGGCAAAAGCAAUCGCUCGGAGUCCUCGGCAGCGUCAGCGGCUUCGGGUCGAUGGCUGGAUCCCAAUAAACCAUUUCGAAAACAGUGGAACUCUGUGCGCCUUUCGGGUGAUUCCAGUCCGACGCUCGCCUUCCGAGUGAAAUUUUACGUAACCGAUCCGAGCCGAUUACACGAAGAGUAUACGAGAUACCAGUUUUAUCUGCAGAUAAAAAGGGACAUAUUUCAGGGUAAACUUCCGGUGGGUUUAAAUACCGCCUGUCUACUCGCUAGCUAUACAGUACAGUCGGAACUAGGCGACUACAAUCCACUGGAUCAUACAUUUGGAUAUCUUAGUGAAAUGCAGCUACUGGCUGAGCAGAACGAGGAAACCGAACGGCGGAUAUCAGAACUGCACAAGCUUCAUCGGGGGCAAUUGCCGGCGGACGCCGAGUACAACUAUCUCGAGCAUGCCAAACGAUUGGACAUGUACGGAAUAGACUUUCACAGAGCGACUGACUCAACUGGGAAAGAACUGAAUCUGGGCGUCUCGUCCAUAGGAUUACUAGUCUACCAAAACGGUAUUCGCGUCAAUACCUUUUCCUGGUCUAAGAUGGUUAAGGUAUCAUUCAAACGUAAAGAUUUCUUCAUUCAACUGCGACGUGAGCCGUCGGAAAAUUACGACACUCUGCUCGGUUUCUGUAUGGGUUCACAUCGAAACGCGAAAACACUGUGGAAAGCGUGUGUCGAGCAUCACUCGUUUUUCAGACUGCAAAGACCGCACCGUUCACCACGUUUCCUGCCAUUAACCUUAGGUUCUAAAUUUCAUUAUUCCGGCCGUACCGAGCUGCAAGCCGUCCAGGAGAGCAGACAACGUGGCAAGGUUGCCAAAAUUUUCAUCCGAUCGCCCAGCAAACGACUGCUUUGUCCUUCCCAGCCGCAGUCGCCGUUGCUCAACGGGUCCAGCAAUGAAGGCAGCAACGGCAACGGGGCAAACAGCAAAAACCAGCUGUCCCUUCUAUCGUUAACGAAAGCUACCCGAACGUAUGAUAAAGUAACCUCGAAGACGCCAUCGAUUCCGCGAAAGGCCUGGGAGCAGCAAGGCGAUGAUCCAACAUUCAUCGAGCACUGUGGCCGCACGUACGACGCCCAGAUUCCGAACAUGUUCGACUCGCCCCCUGCGUACAAUGGCAUCAACAACGCGGAGAAUGCCGUCCCCAACGAGGAAGGACUGGUGACCAUCCGGCUGGUAGCAGACGACCAGGGACGGUUCGGUUUCAACGUGAAGGGUGGCGUCGAUUUGAACCUUCCGGUACAGGUUUCCCGGGUGGCACCUCACACGCCGGCAGACAAGAGCACACCGCGGAUUUGCGAAGGCGACCAGCUGGUGAUGAUCAACGGGCGCGACGUCAGCACCAUGAUGCACGAACAGGUUGUGAAUUUAAUACGAGCUUCCCGACAAGGGGGUGAGCUAAUGCUUACACUAAAACCGAAUGCCUUAGUCGACUAUACGGAGGAGGAACCACUGUAUCAGUAUGUUCCGGAGGAGAACGAUAUUAUGCGCGGUGAAUUGAACGGCGAUCAGUUGUUCACCCAAUCCCUACUUUUGCUGAGUGACGGAUUAGCGUCCGGCUCUCUGCUGGCGCAAUACGAACAGAUGUACAGGAAAAAUUCUGACCUGGCCAUAACGGAAGCCAGAAAGAAUGAAAACUUGAACAAAAAUCGUUAUCGUGAUAUUUCACCUUACGACUGCACCCGGGUAGUGCUGCUGAACGCCGAAAGCGGUGACUACAUCAAUGCAAACUACGUCAACAUGGAGAUACCACCAACGGGGACAAUCAAUCGGUACAUUGCAACCCAAGGGCCGCUCUCAACCACCGUCAACGAUUUCUGGCGAAUGGUUCAGCAGGAGAGCAGUCAUUUGGUGGUAAUGCUUACCACCGUAAUGGAACGCGGUCGUCCCAAAUGCCAUCAAUACUGGCCUUCGGCCGAUGAGGAACCUUUCGCUCUAUCGGAAGGGUUUUCGAUCAAGUGUAUCACCGAGAAACCGGACGAAACGGGCAGUUUCGUGUUUCGAGAUCUGGUACUGACCGACGAAAAGACGGCCGAAAUUAGAACUAUUCAACACAUGCAAUAUCUGGCCUGGCCAGAUCACGGCGUUCCCGCCGAUCCGGAACUGUUUCUUCAGUUUACCGAGAAAGUUCGAGCUGCUCGAAACACCACGCUGCUGCAGGAAAUCGAAGCCAGUUUGAAGAAUGUAAAGCUAAGAACGAUGGAUGAUAACGGCGGGUUGGACAUGUCGGAGCGGCGCAUCGUUCACACCGACAGCGAUGAAAGUCCAAAUGAUAUGCCAUCUUCGACCUCGGUUCAUCAAUACAUCAGCGCAGCAAAUCCUCCAAUUAUCGUUCAUUGUUCCGCUGGUAUCGGACGAACGGGCGUGCUGAUUUUGAUGGAUACCGCGCUAGCACUGAUGGAGGAAAAGGAACCAAUCUACCCGCUGGACAUCGUACAGGCAAUGCGCGAUCAACGCGCCUGCAUGGUACAAAAUGUGAGUCAGUAUCGCUUCGUGUGCGAAUGCAUUUGCGCAGCUUACAAGAAGAUGGUAACGCGGGAAACAACGGAAGCGACCACCGCCGCCGGCACGACGACGUUGAAGUUCGUUGCCACUGCCAACGGUGCGGGAACGGGAUCGGCCGUUCAUUCUUCGUCCGGUGAGGAAGAUACGUCACCGAUCGAGGAUGAACCGAAGGAGCGCAAGGCACCGCUAGCGGUAGAGACCACCAGUCUAACCACGACACCGACCACCAACAACAUAACGCCAACCAACGGCAACGAUGAGCCGGCGGCGGCGGCACUCAAAGCGACCGCCGGCCUGCACGUGAGCUCCUGAUUGGAAACCGUGGUCUAGGUUCGUCUAGACUUAUAUAUUUUUGCAGAAGAAGAAAAGAUUUUAAUCGUAUAUUUAAGUUUCAAUAUUUACAUAUUCGUAUCAUCUCUGUAGAUUUACGAUUGACAGUUACAUAUUUAUGAAAAGCUAUCCCUAGUUUGCCUCCAACAGUAAUUAUGAUCACAUAUGCAUAAUCGUAUACCUUUAAGUGGUUGUAUCAACAAUUUUCAUAUGAUUAUUCUAACAGUGUUAAAGAAACAUUAAAAAAUACGAAUCGACAUUAUCACUUUUAAAACGAUGAUCAGUAGGGUAACAUCGAGUAAUAGACUGUAAUUGCAGCAUUAUGUAGCGUCUGAAUCCGGUGAAUGUUUCCUCUGUUUUUAUGUUAGCAGUCCGCAACGAAUUCAUUUUUUCGUAAACUUACAAUCGUUUUUUCAACUCCGAUUUGAUGUUAAUAUAAAUAUCUGUACAUGAAUUUGGGUUAAUGUGUUCAAGAAAAUAAGAAAACGUGGAAGAAAUCCUGCAGAAAUUAUU